AUGACUGCGCAAGAGCAAAAGGAGGCCCCGGCCGUGGAGAUUGUGCGUGCAGCUCUGUCGGGCGACGCGACGGCGAACACGCCCGCCGGCCAGCGUCGUGCGGCGCUGCGUGCCGAGCUGGACUCUCUGCGCAGCGAGCAGGCGGGACGCAAGGGAACGCGCGGCAAGGUGUUUGACGAGAUGAAGCAGCUCCAGGACACGAUCGCUGCCAAGGUCAAGGCGCUGCAGGCGGACAAGGCGAAGGCGCCCUUCAAGUCGGCCUCGGAGCUGGACGCGCGCGUCGCGCAGAUCGAGGCACAGAUUGAGACGGGGUCGAUGAAGAUCGUCGAGGAGCGCAAGGCGCUGAACGAGAUUCACACGCUCAAGCGCACGCGCAAGACUGUCGAGCAGUUUGGCGCCCAGCAGGCUGAGAUUGAUGGCCUGCGCGCGCGUGUCAAUGAGCUGCGUAGCACGCUCGAUGAUCCCGAGGCGGCGGCUGCUCACCGCCGCUACGACGAGAUUAAGCAGGAGCUUGACGCGCUCGCGAAGGAGCAGGAGAAGACCGUGGGCAGCCGCUCGAAGCUGCAGGCGCAGCGCAACGCGCUGAGCAAGAAGCUCGAUGAGCUGUACCAGGCGCGCCGCGACCGUGCGGCUGCGUUCCACGCGGAGAACGACAAGUACUUUGCGCGUGUGCACGCCGAGCGGGAGCGCCGCCAGGAAGCGCAGCGGAAGGAGCGUCUUGAGGCGGAGCAUGCGCGCCAGGUACAGGAAGAGCAGGAGCUGCGCGAAGAAGCAGCGCUGCCCGCGUUUGCCAAGGAGAUUGAUGACUGCGACCAGCUCAUCCGCUACUUCAGCGGCAAAGGCGACGAGGAGAAGGCCUCGACCACAACUAGCACGGCCGUGCCGGCUGAUCGCAUGCCCAGCGCCGACGUUCCCGAGGGUGCUGUUGUAGUGCCGAAGAAGAGCGAGGAGGAAGACUACUUUGCGGGUACCGCCAAGAAGAAGGGCAAGAGCCGCAAGGGCCGGGCGCAGGAUGCGGACGAGAGCGGUGCGCUGCACGUGCCAUUCGGCAUGCUCUCCGCGCUGCUCAGCCUCAGUAUUCCGCCGCCCGCGAACCAGGCCGACCUGCCGCGCGUCGUGGAGAACAUCCGACUGAAGCGCGAGUACUUCGUGUCGAACCAGGCGCGCCAGACCGCGGAGAACAUCCGCAAGGCCGACGAGAAGAUUGCUGCGCAAAAGUCGAAGCGCGAGGCACAGAAUGCAUAA